AUCCAAGAAAGGAUUUAUAGUCCAGACUAUUCUUUUAUCUCAACCCAAAGGACAACAUGCUGCUCCUCAUCCUCCUACAACUGCUCUACACCGGAGCUUCUGCAGAAAUGUCCUGCACGACAAUACCUGAGAAGCUAAAACAACUGGAUGCUGGGAAUGGAGACGUUUUCGGGGUGUCAGAUGAGGGCAGCGUAUACUUCUGGCAUUCAGAUCGGUGGAGGCAGAUUAAAGGAAACUAUUUGCAUGUCACGGUGGGACCAGCUGGAGUUUGGGCGGUCGACAAGAACAACUUGGUUUACAGGCUGCAGAAUUUUGAGUGGAUACAAGUAUCAGGACUCUUGAAGCAAAUAGAUGCUGGGGGUGAUACGUUCCUAGUUGGAGUAAAUGCAGAAGAUAAUAUUUAUUGUCUGAACCAAGAGAGCAUAAAGGGAAUUACUCUUAGCUACAAACAAAUUAAAGGGAAGCUCAUGUACUACAGUUGUGGUCCCCAUGGCUGCUGGGGUGUUAACAACGUCUAUGAGGUCUAUUACCAAAAUAAUGUGACACAGACAUCUUGCAAGGGAACAGGGUCUGUUCGAGUGCCAGGAUCUUCUGCCAUGGUGGAGGUGGGAACAGACGGAUCUGUGUUUGGUGUGACCAAAUAUGGUGAAGUUAUCAGAAGAGUGGGUAUCAGCCCUACGAAUCCUAUGGGAACCACAUGGAAGAGCCUGGAACUUUAUGGCAAUUUCAAACAUGUCAGCUACGAUGCUGGAUUCCUGUGGAUUAUUGCUGAGAAUGGGCGCGUCAUUAGAUGUCCCUAUCCUGAGUCUAUACUGCCAAGUCUGUUGUAAACCCUGCUUGAAACUUUUGCACAUAAUGUUAUGCUAGGGUCAGCGAUAAUUAACAUUACUAAGAACUGAAAGUCUCAGUAUUUGUUUCAGUGGUGGCCUGAUAUUCCAAGGCCGUAUUGCAAUUGCAAACCUCCCAA